UAAAAAGUUUCUCUUUAGAUAUUAAUAAAAUUACAAUAAAAACAAAUAUGGCAGCAAGCUAAUUAAUUAGCUCUUCUCAGAUCAGAUCAGACUGUUGCUUGCAUAUUUGAUCGAUCUAGUUUUCAGUGUGCAAUACAUAUUCUUAGCAGCAAAUUAAAUUACAGAUUGGAAUUGAGAGAUAGAUCAUAGAUGGCUUGUGUUGCUUUAACUUCUCUGAUUAAAACCAUUGAGAUUCAGUUUGUUGGGCAAACACCAAGGGUAACCCUGUCUCUCAAUGAUCGCGCAGGAAUCAAGUCUUUCCUUGAAAAUCUUUCUUUUUUGCAAGCCCAUCUCCCGAAGGAAUCCAGUGGUGAUGGUGAUGCAGUACUCAAACUCAGAGAUUUAGAAAUGGAAAUCAGAGACUUUGCACUCAAAGCUGAAGACGAUAUUGAGCUACAGCUUAGCAACAUCAUUCUCGCUCAUCAACACGGAGGAGAGUAUGGAGAAAAAGCUGCAGCUUGCCAUCAACUCCUCCUCCAUCAAACUUUGCAAAAAGCUGCAGAAAAUGCAACAGAGCUGUUGGAGUCAUAAAAAAUAAUGGGUAGUGCUACUUUUGCUUUAACUAUUCUCAU